CGAAAAGGUUAAACCAGUCAGUCGGAUGAGAAAUUGCCUGUUUUCCUUUCCAUUUUCUUCCUGUAAUGACAGAGGGCUGUUUGCUCACCCAAAUUAAACUUCUUUUUCCUUUGCUGCAACACCCAAUACAUGCCCGUUCCCGAGCGAUCUACCCGACGAGCACUGAUUGUCGUCCUGGCAAUCACCAUCGCAACAACCCUCAUUUACAUUAGCGUUCUCGCUGCUUCCGGGCCCACUUGGGUCCCUGCUUCAUCUCAAACCGUUCCGGCCGGCUACUUACGUGACCAGCAACAUGCUUUUAAUGCCACACACACCAAUUCAACCGAGCCAUGGCACUGCACCUGCUAUUCCUACGAUUCCGACCAACCGCUGCCCGAAGUACCUGAAAGCGGCGAUCAGAAAAAGACAGGUGCGAAGGAUCCCAUCAUUGUACCUGAAUCAUUUACCGAUCCGCCGCAGGAGCUCAUGGACAAGAUCAAUAAGAAUCUUGUGCAAGGGCGCGUGCUCCUUAUUGCCACAGCCAACUACGGCAUGCGAGACUACAUGUAUAAUUGGAUUGAGUCACUUAAACUGACUGGCGUGGACAAGUUCUUGGUAUUCUGUCUCGACGACAAACUCUAUACGCAUCUUGUCAAUGCCGGAUACGAAGAGAAUGCAGCAACGAUCCCGGAAAGCUGGCUACAUCUCGACGUAGCCACUGAUUUUGAAGACUAUUUCUCGCCGAGAUAUCGCAUCAUUACGCACGCCAAAACAUUGGUCGUUCAACGAUUACUUUAUCUCGAUGUCACUGUCUUCUUUUCUGAUGUCGACAUUGUAUUUUUACGCCCGCGCAUGAUCGAAUUCGUGAAAACAUAUAUGGACAUGCGCCAAGAAACACACGCCAUCUUCCAACAAGAAGGCCUCGACACUCGGCAGAUCAAUUCCGGCUUUUAUUUGAUCAAGCCAGAAUACGACAUGAAACGAAUGCUUGCACAAACAAUCUAUCUUCAGGACUCGAAUGAAGGUUUGACACAGCAAGGCGCAAUGAACAGAGCUCUUGAUGAAAUGGUGAAGGACAUUCGAUCUUCAAGCGUCGUUCUUCUUGAUGUCAUGUUCUUCCCCAACGGAUACGCCUAUUUCGAUAAAAAUCUGUCCAAAUCUCGAGGUGUGGAACCAUAUAUUUUACAUGCAAACUUUCGGGUUGCUGGUGACAAAAAGAAAGAGCUUGUCACUCUUGGUUUCUGGUAUCUUGAUGAAGAAUGGCUUAAGAAAGUAGAUGCUCAAUUCGAGCAAUCGUGGCAAGAGCAAAUGAACGCAAUUACACCGGGCAAUAGCUCUUAAUAGUAGUAGAACUUUCCACAAAAAGAGGCAUAACAAACCACACAUGUACACCAACACUCCACACACCCACGUACACCCCCACCUUCCAACUUUUCUUUCAUGUGUAUUAUCUGUCUCCCCUCGUCAACCCAUUAUAGCACGCACACACUCACAUAACUUCCGUUAUCUUGUACUUUAUCGCAUUUAUAUUGCGUUUCUUUUUUCCAUUCCCCUGGGCUGGACCUUUUUCUGUUUUUCUUUCGCAUAAUACCACACUAAUACAACAUACGUAAUCUAAUUUGAAACGAGAAAUGUG